AUGCCCGAUCUGGCUCCCGGGCGCGAUUUGCCCUCGAAACCGCUAGAUUACCGCGCAAAAAUAAGGAUACUACUGGAUACGGUUCUACACCCAUUUCCAUACCGCAGCCCAUGUCUAGAACUCAUGCCCCCAGGCGAAUGGUACAAUUCCGUGUGGAGACGUUCGUCUUCCCAAUGA